CAACAGAACAAUAUUUUUUUCAUACUGUUUACUUCAAAAUUCUGAAGGAUGUUCUCUCUAUAACAUAUCUUAAAUUGAGUAAGAUCUAAGGAUCUCGAUAGAGCCGCUGCUAUGGAUGUCGGUCGUAGCUUGCAUGAACUGGCGCCUAUACAUAAGCUAACACGAUCACAUAGUAAAGCUUGAACGAUGGAUCGAUCGAAUACCAUGAAGAGGUGGAUAGUUCAGUGUUUUCGCCAAGAUUUUUCAUUUGUAGGAGUAGCAGACGAUACAAUGCACAGGUAUGUAAUCAAUUGCAUACGACAUGCACACCAGCAUUAAUUUUGAGAAAUUCUUUCAGAAUAAAAAAAAACAAUGCUUGCAGUCGGUAAAAUAUUGCAUUCUCUAUUUACUUUGUCGGUUUGUUUCAUGGCAAUGGAACGAGCCACACAAAUGUCUCUUAUCGAAUCAAGCGUCAUUCUGUACGAAAUAGAAAUGAAAACAAACAUGUGCAAACGACAUGAAUUUUUUUGCGUCUUGUGCGGAUGACUGGUUGAUUGCGACGAACAUGUAUUUCCUUUUGCGAACACAUAAAAAGCAUACUCGUUGCAUUCAUAUAAGUCUAGAUCAAAGUUCCAAUCAGAGAUGGCAUCGGUACCGGUCUAAACCACCUUAUACUGGUCUAAAUUUUUCACUUUCCUGCUCUUUGAUGGCAUUCACAUGAAAAAACAACUGAAACCAAGACUAGUUCCACUGAUCACACACAAAUUUAUUUAACAAAUAGUUUUCAGAAUGCCCAUCACUGAGACUAUUGUUAUCAACGGUGAAGCAUUAUGCCAUUAUGCGUGAAGGUACGAAGAUAGCGCGCAAGAGAAUUCACCAUGAAACAAGGUUUUAUUUCAAGCCUCAGCGUGUUGUCUGUAGGUCGAUAUUUUGACAGUAGGCCGAAUUUUUUCUGAUAAACUGACGUAUCAUCAGCAUCCUGUUUAGUACCGGUAGGCUGAUUUUGACCGAUAGACCGGUCAGAUCAGCUUUCCCCCUUAAAUCAGUUUAGGCCGGUAAACUGGUUUGGACCGGUCAGACCGGUUUUUUCGGUCUACCCGGCCCGGUGCAAUCUGAAAUUUUCAGACGGGUACCGGUACCGGCCCGAGAAAAAGUAGACUGGUUCCAUCACUGGUUCCAAUAUCUAGAAUUAGAAGUGUGAGAGUGUCCAUGUCAAUCAUGGUCGGUCGUAAGUGGCCGUACACAAACCAAUCACUGCGAAUAACGGUGACUGUAUACGGUAGCCAUUUACAGCAACCGAAAACGGUGCUUUACAACAUAUUACGGCCAUCGUACACAGCGCCCGUUAAAGGUCACCGUAAACCACUACCAUAACUAUACAACAACUCUAUACUUUGGUUGAAAAACACUGUUUGACAUCGUAUAUGUCAGCCGUUUGCUGUGACCGCUUACAACGGUCGUAGAUAAUGCUUUACGGCAUAUUGCGGCGAUGGUAAGCAAUGAUCGUAAAAUGUCGCCAUGAACGACUGGCGUAGCAACAUGGCGACUGUAUACGGUAGCCGUUCACAGUGAUCGUAAAUAAUGUUUUACGAUGCUUUACAGCCGUCGGAAACAACCACCGUAAUAAGUCGCCAUUAACGACUUCUGUAACAAUACACGACUGUAUAUAUUCAUUGAAUAAUAUCGCCAGCUACCGUCUAUGGCUACUGUAAUUGGUCUGAUACAGGAUCAUUAUUUUUUAAUGUAUUUCGUCACAAAAGAUUGUUAACGUUGAAGAAUUCCUCUUAUUCAGUAUAAAAAGUACCCUCUCAUGCCCAAUUAAAUAUGUUGUCAAGCAACAAGACUGCAUCUCCACAAAGUCGAGAAAGACUCGCCAGUUCUACCUUCUGCUAUGAUUAUUGUCCAUUUCCGAGUUAAAUGGCCGUGGGCAUUUUUUGAAUAACUUUUGGUAGGAACGAGAUAGAGAUCUGAGAUUUCCACUGUUGGAAAGGGCAGAUGAAGAUGCAUCGAAUUAUAUAUAGGAAGAUUUUCCUAAUUACUUUCCUAAAGGUUUAGUCAAACGUUUUCAAAGAAUUCCUUUUUUCUUCUACAUGAAAAAAGUGGCUUGUCUAUCAAAAUACUACAAAAAUUUACAUUUUUCGUUUAUUUUGUUGAAAAAGAGGAGGUGGUAAAUUGUGUCCCGAUAGUUUGGAUAUCAUACUGGUAGUAGUUAGGAAUAGAGUCUUGAUAUACUUUUGUAGCUCUUCCUUUGGUGACUCUAGCGCACCUAUGAAUAUCAGUAAAUUAAAAUUGGGACCAUAAUAAGCAUGCUGCUUUUCUUGAAGUUUUAUGUAAAACCUAUACAAAAGUAGCUAGGAAAAUUUUUCUACAUAUAAUUCGAUGCGUCUUCAUCUGCUUUAUCCAACCGCGAAAACCGCAGAUCUCUAUCUCGUUCCUAUCAAAAGCUAUUCAAAAAAUGCCCACGAUCAUUUAACUCUGAAAUGGACAAUAAUUACGAUAUACUGCUCUUAACAUCUUAAUAAUUGCUGACAAAGAAGUAACUGAGAAAUAUGCAAUUAAGUGAUGUAAAUUUGAUAAGUAAUAUGGAUACAUUGAUAGACAAAAGUUUGUGCAGAGAUAAAAGUCCGUUUUAUAAUAAAAAAACGUAUUGAAUAGGAAGCGUUAUUCAACGGCUUGUUUGCGUUAUUAGUGAAAAAGAACGCGUUCAAACGAAGAUUUUUGCAAAUUUUUUUUCUUCAUAGAAUCAUCUUCUAGAAGAAUGAUUCCAUCCGUAAUAUACAGAUGAGUUUAACUUAGGCAAAAGGAUCACAAUACAUCAAUCUUAGUCUGUCUCUACAUAUCUUCUAAGAACAGUUCUGUCUGCUUUGCCAUUUUCGCAAGAGAAUUUCUGAGCGAGCUCUAUCUCUCUAUAUUCCUAUUAGUGUUUCGUGAUUUUUUUCGCGUAAUCUCAAAAAUUUUAUCAUAGUUAUCUUUUUCAGAAGCGUUUUCAUGAUGUACUAAAUCCCAGUUAGAUAAACUAUUGCAUUUCUUCCCUUCGAAAAUAUUGAUGAGCUACAUCGAUUCUUUCAUGCACAAUAGUUCGUAGUCUAGCAUAUGCUUCUAUUUUGUUCUCGUCCAGAAAGUCAGCCAUUAGUCGAAGUAGUUUGUUGAGAGCAUUUUUUUUUGGUUUACCACGUGCAUCGAAACGUUUUAUUAGUUCGUACAGUAAAUCUCGGGAAAGAAAUCGUAAUAUAACGUCAUAUGAAAUAUAAAAAUGCAAGAGCAUUGCAAUUGGGUUGACUCCCUUCCAUUUGCAUAUGUCAUCGUACAGAGCUUUUUCUUAUCCUAAUAAUCGUAUAGAUUGUGCAAGAUCAUCUAUACAUAUAAGUCGGACCCUUGUUUCUUCCAACUUACAGCAAGUAAAACAAGAUGAUGUCACCGUAUUCAAUUAUCAUAUCAAAGACGAAUUUGAACUUGAAAAAAGUUGCAGAUAAAAAAAUUGGAUUCGACUAUAAUAGAAACAAUUGAUUUUUGUUCGAUUGUAUUAUCUGCAGAUUUUACGAGUAACAUUUUUAUUGACAAUUCUGGUUCGACCAGUAAUCACUUGCCAUCUAGUCAUGAAACAAUUUUGCAAACUGAAUUGAGUAUUUGUCAAAAUAUUCGUUUCGAUUUUAUUGUUCUUUAGGAUUCAACCGCUGAAAUAUUGCAAAAUAUUCAAAUUGCCAAAUCAUUAGGUGGAACGUAUCCACACGUUAUUUUUCAAAAUCCUUCGACGAAAACAGCAUUUCAAAAAUCCGAUGUGCUGGUCUUUGUGACAGAUGGAGAAAUUGAUCAAGACAAUGUGACACAAGUAAACAAAUCUCUUGUAUAGAUUUUAGAAGAAUAUUCAUGUCUUUUGCGUUUCCAAAAUAUCCGGAUUUUUACUAUUGGAUAGUUUACCAUGCCCUUCGACUGAUGAAUAAAACUAAAAUUCAGGCAUUUACUUAAAUCCAUUUUCUCAGUACCAGUUUUUAAACAUGAAAUGAAUCUAUGAUGCUUUUGUUUUCUACAUCCUUGGUUCACUCGAGAUUACACUUGUACUAAAAUUAUCGGAUCUGCUAUUUGCUUUUCUUUUUAAAAGUCUUACCUUGCUAAAUUUGGGUAGGUGUUCCAAAAUUGGGUUUAUCAACUAAUAACCUCAAGUCAAUCUUCGGUGUAACCAUCUCAAUAUUUUGACUCUUCUAUUCGACAAAUACAAGAUUUUAAAGAAGGAAAAAAUAGACAACUUGAUUUCGUCCUAUUAGAUUCAGAAGAAGUCUCAGAUAGGACAAACGAAGUUCGAAGAAUAACGUGAAUAACAUUAGUUAAUAUUUCUAACCUUUGCAAGCUGAUAGCUCUGAAGAGAGGACUUCUGAGCAUUUUGGAUCUAUCAAAAAUUUUAAUCUACUACUCGAGACCUAUGUAUUUUGAAAGCUUAUAAUUCUUCAUUGAAAUACUUUCGAGAAAUCUUGAAAACGAAUACAGAUGUUUCCUUUGAAUUCCGCUAAAACUUGAAAUUCUUAUUGUAUAACAGUAAGCUGAUGUUCAUAGAGAGAAAAGCUCAAUAUUUUUCAGAAUCUAUUUUCUACAUAAAACUUGAAUGAAAAUAAUUCGUUGAAAAUUUCAAGCAGAAACGAACUAUGUCGGAAAGAAUUUGUUAAAUAAAAAUAAACAGAAAUCUCUUUUGAAAUGUUCAUAUUUGAGGAAGUGCCGAUAUUUGACGCCAUCAAGUCUACCCUUCAUAGUAUUUUAAUAAAAAAAAAAUCGUUUUUUCUCUCUGACUUCUCGUAAAAUCCAAUUGUCAACAAUCAACCGUAUGAAUUUAGCUAAUAGAGAACUGAUUCAACGUAUUUUCUGCAAUUAUUUUUUCUCUCUGUUCUAGUUUGCAUCAUAUACAACAGGUAAUUUGUAUUAUUGUAAACAGAAAGCUCAACAAUCCAUCCAAUGUCAAUAUUUCAGUUGUUGCUUCAUUGAUGGUAGCACCGAAUGUUUUAUGUCUAUUUUAUGAUGGUGAAACAUUUUAUAUUUUUUUAUCAAAAGAUUUAUUAGUAGAAUUUAUUCAUCACCAGAUAGUUUAACAGAUUAUCAACCAUUGCCUACACUCAAGAUGAAUGAACUCUUUCAAAAUGUAAACAUCUAUGAACAUGUCAAAAUUCCUGAUGGUUACGUUAAUAUUCGUGAAACUGAACGAGAAAUCGUUGCAUUAGAUUUCGAGAAAUUUAUUAAUACGAAAUAUCUCAAUUUGGUAACAAAUAUCGAUCAUGAAGAAUGGAAAACAUUAAUUCAAUACGCUAAAAUUAGUAAUAAAUUAUCUCAAUUACGAACAUUUGUUACACAAAUGAAAAAUGAAGCUAUUCAACAUGAAACAACAAGAAUCAAAGAUAAAUUUGAUUUUCAAUAUGGUCAACAACGUGAUGCAAUCGUAGCAAAAAUUGUUGAUUUGCAAACAUCAGGGAUAGGUGAUCCAAUUGAGCUCAAUACUCUUCGAACACAAUUACAUGCCGUAUCGGAUCAAACUAAAAUUGAACAAUUGGAAUAUAUUAAAUAUGUCAAUUUAAAUCUUCAUAGAACACAUCAAUAUUGA